AUGGCUUCCAAAGGAUCACAUAUAAGGAAGCAAUGUGAUUUUACAAAACUCUUAAUGGCUGGUUAUGACCUGGAAUUGGUAAAUGGUAGUACUCAGGAAUUCAAUGUCACUUUUCACGGACCGAACGGAACUAUAUACGAGGACGGAGUCUGGCAAGUACAUGUGAUAUUGCCGGACGAUUAUCCAUUCGCAUCUCCUUCAAUAGGAUUCAUGAACAAGAUGCUCCACCCUAAUGUAGAUGAGUCGUCAGGCUCUGUGUGCCUGGAUGUCAUAAACGAGACAUGGACUCCAAUAUACAGCCUGGUUAACGUUUUCGACGUAUUCCUGCCUCAAUUGUUGACAUACCCUAACCCAUCGGAUCCCCUCAACAAUGAGGCUGCAGCACUCAUGAUGCUCGAUAAAACGUCCUACGAAGAAAAGGUCAGAGAGCACGUAAGAAUGUACGCAAGUCGAGAGAUGUGGGAGAAAAAGAGAGGAUUCCCAUCGCAGGAAUCCAUAACCAUAACGAACGAAGGGGACCCGAGCGAUAUAGAAAGCCUAGUGGAUGAUGCCGAUUUGGAGGAUUUUUAA